AUGAAAACCGGCCCCAUAGAUAAUUGGACAUGUGCUACCCAAGAUUUAGGGUUCCCUACGCAGCAGACCCAGGUGCUGGCCGCAGCCUUACAGAUUCAGAAUGAACUACAGGAGGGGCAACCCCCAAGCUCGUUAACAGAAGGGGGCAAGACCCCAAUGUACAUUGGAGCUUUCCCAUUGUCAGGGGGAUUCGACCAAAGACAACCAUUCAAGACAAUGCAAGGUCCUCAGCUUCAGAGAGUAAUCGGGUAUUUCCAUGGAACAGUAUUUUUAUUCAGUAUCAUAAUCGGUGCGGGGAUAUUUAUUUCUCCUAAAGGAGUUUUGAAAUACUCCUCCCUCAACGUGGGGGUCUCCCUCAGUAUCUGGGCCGCCUCUGCCGUCGUGUCGAUGAUGGCAGCUCUCUGUCACGCCGAGCUGGGCACGACCUUUCCAAGAAGCGGAGCACAGUAUUUUUUCCUCAAACGCUCUCUGGGCCCUCUGAUUGCUUUUUUUAACGUCUGGAUUAUCCUCUUUAGUGCCCCAGCAGAAAACGCUGCCUUUGGCUUAUUGCUCGCAGGGUAUAUUAUACAGCCUUUCUACCCGGGAUGUUCCGUUCCUGCACUGCCCAAGAAAUGUCUGGCUUUAGCCAUUCUGUGUUGUUUGGGGAUCCUGAAUGCCCGAGGAGUGCGAGGGAUCACUUGGUUUCAGACUGUCACGACAGCCGUGAAAAUGAUGGUUCUCUGCUGCAUCUCUCUAACUGGAAUCGUGCUGUUGGUGAGGGGGAGGAAAGAGUACCUGGCCAGGUUUGAGAAAGCUUUUGAGGGUGAAAUUCCGGACACCUCGCAGAUUGCAGAGGCCUUCCUCCAAGGAUUAUAUGCAUACGGGGGCUGGGGAGUCCUUGUGCAAAUAGCAGGAGAUCUAAAAGAGCCUAGUAAGAAUAUUCCCAAGUGUGUGAUCACUGCACUUACCUUUGUGAUGCUCCUCUACAUAUUAGUUAAUGUUUCUUACUUGGCAGUCCUGACUCCAAAUGAAAUCAUAUCCUCAGAAGCUGUUGCUGUCACCUGGGUCGAUAGAGUAAUCCCAUCCAUGCAAUGGGUCAUUUCAAUUGGUGUUUCUUCUUCAAUAUUUAGUUCCCUUAGUUGUAAUAUAUUUUCAACAACAAGGUUAUUUUAUGUUGCAAGCCAGGAGGGUCAACUACCUUUGAUUUUUUCAUCCCUCAAUAUUCACGCCUGUCCAAUCGCAGCUGUGAUUCAGCUGCUCAUCUUUUCCUGCUGUAUUGUUUUUACUUCAGACUUAAUCGUUUUGGUGAACUAUGUGGGAUUCGCAAGCUGGAUUCAACUUGGGCUGAUGAUGGUAGGUUUACUUAAGCUGAGAUUCAAGGAGCCCAACCUCAACAGACCUUAUAAGGUGCGGUUGCCUUUUAUAUUUGGAACAAUAGCUGUAUCUUUGUUCUUAGUUUUGACACCAGUCAUCAGGUCUCCUCAGAUGCAUUAUAUCUAUUUCUUCCUUUCUCUGGAGCCUGCCUCCCUGCCUCUAAUCUGUUGCUCCCUCUGGUGUCUGAAUGCUGAGCCUCAGCCCAGGACGCAGGAGGCACUUCUCAGGACCCUUGCUCCUUCCUCAAAUUCUGUGCCUUCUUUCAAUGCUGAAGAGCUGGGCUGGCCACAGCGAGCCACUUGGAUGAUGGUUACUGGGUAG